UCAAGUCGAUCUCGUAAUCCCCUAAAUCUCCUAAUAAAAAAAUCUAGUAUUUAUAAAAGUGGGAUGGAGAGUAGAGAGGAUUCAUUCAUAUCAAAAGAGAAGAAAUCAACUAUGAAAAAAGAAAAACAAGCGAUUGCAUCACAAAGAAAUAGAAGAAGAGUAAUUAAAAAUAGAGGAAACGGGAAGCGAUUGAUUGCAUCAUUAUCACAACGAAAGAGAAGAAGAAUACCUAGAGGAAGAGGAAACGAGAAGGCAGUGUUUGCACCAUCAUCACUACCAAACGAUGUUGUAGAGGAAAUCUUCUUACGACUUCCGGUGAAAGCAAUAAUCCAACUAAAGUCUCUCUCAAAACAAUGGAGAUCGACGAUCGAGUCUCGCAGUUUUGAAGAGAGACACUUGAAGAUCGUCGAGCGAUCACGCGUGGAUUUUCCACAGGUCAUGGUCAUGUCUGAAGAAUAUUCCUUGAAAGGAAGUAAAGGUAAUCAGCCUCGUCCAGAUACAGACAUUGGUUUUAGUACAAUCUGUUUGGAAUCGGCUUCUAUUCUGUCCUCCACUCUUAUCACUUUCCCUCAAGGAUUUCAACACCGGAUCUAUGCUUCUGAAAGCUGUGACGGACUUUUCUGCAUCCAUUCCCUAAAAACACAAGCCAUAUAUGUAGUUAACCCGGCCACUCGGUGGUUUCGACAACUUCCUCCGGCUAGGUUUCAGAUUUUGAUGCAAAAGUUAUACCCCACUCAAGACACUUGGAUUGACAUAAAACCAGUAGUCUGUUAUACAGCAUUCGUGAAGGCCAAUGAUUACAAAUUAGUGUGGUUGUAUAAUUCUGAUGCCUCGAAUCCAAACCUGGGAGUUACAAAGUGCGAGGUUUUUGAUUUUAGGGCAAACGCUUGGAGGUACUUGACUUGCACUCCAAGCUAUCGGAUAUUCCCUGACCAAGUACCAGCAGCUACAAACGGGUCUAUUUAUUGGUUCACGGAACCAUAUAAUGGCGAAAUAAAAGUGGUAGCUCUCGAUAUUCACACUGAAACGUUUCGUGUGCUACCUAAGAUUAAUCCGGCCAUUGCUAGUUCAGAUCCUGACCAUAUCGACAUGUGCACUUUGGAUAAUGGUUUGUGCAUGUCGAAAAGAGAAUCGGAUACGUUGGUCCAAGAGAUAUGGAGGUUAAAAUCAUCAGAAGACUCAUGGGAGAAGGUUUAUACCAUAGAUUUGCUUUCUUGUUCUUCUUCUUCUUUAUCUGAGUUCCGCGAUGGAUUUAAUUGGACACGAAAAGAUUUGGUUGAGCCAUCCACACCAGUGGCGAUAUGCAAGGACAAGAAGAUUCUGCUCUCACAUCGCUAUGCCCGCAAUAUGAUCAAAUACGAUCCCCAAAUAAAAUCUAUCAGUUUAAUUUACCAACCUCCUUUGUGUAGAAGAUAUGCUUCUUAUUUUCAGAGUUUGAUCUCUCAUAUAUAAAAUGCUUUGAUGUAUUUGGAAGCAUGUAAUGUAAGAAACAAAGCAUUAAUUGUUUGGAUUGU